UCCAGCCAGCGGAUGCUUGCUGCCGCUGCGGUUGCUGCAGAGCGCAUUUAUAAACAAUGGUUCGGAACAGGGAAACAGAUUAAUCUUGAUGAUCGAUGAUGACCCGUCGUUCUAGAGGCAAUCCUGAGAUCAACACCGACGAGUCGCGCGGCUCCCGUGAGGAUGAGGAAAGCGAACGGGGGCUGCCGCCAUGGAUGCGGCUGUACUUCUACGGAAUGCACGGCGUGACCCUGGAUGUACUGCUCUCCUCAUUGCAGAGGGUUUUAUCCGACCGGGACCCUAAAUUGUUGGGCUUUUCCUCGCCGUGUCUGUGCUUGGUACAUUCACUAACCUAUCUGGCGCUGGAGAAGAUUUACUCGAAGAAAAGAUGCUUUCAAGGAAGACCGGUGGUUUUUCAUCUGCUCUUCUAUCCGUCUGUUUACAUUGGGCUGCAAGUCCUGGUAGGGAACAUCAGCAACAUUCUGAGUAAGCAGGUUGAGGUCAUAUCAGGGAAACACUUGGUCCUCCACUACUUCCUGGCUCUAUAUUUUAGUCAGGUGUUCCACAAGGGGAUGUCUAGGCUCAGCUACUAUCCCAGCAGGGAAGCCCUUCCUCUCCAAAGCCUCCCCGGGUACCUCCGCUUCCUGUUUUUCGGCAUGCACGGCUUUGUGAAUGAGGUGGUGUUCACCUCCGCGUUCAACUUAGUGGAGAAUCAAAGCUUGACGGGUCACACGUCCCUUUGGUCUUUCCUCAUAUAUGGCAGUUGCAGCUUCGUGGUGGAGAAGCUCUACCUGAACCUGCACUUUGAAAGACUCUGGGGGACCUGGCAAAGGCUCCCUAUCUACAUCUGCUUCAUCUACACCUGGGAAUUGUGCUGGGGUCUGGCCCUGAGGCAGUUCGACGCCUGCUCCUGGGACUACUCCCACUACCCGCACAACUUCAUGGGACUCAUCACUCUUAUCUACCUGCCGGGCUGGGCCUGUCUGAGUCUCUAUCAAGAUGUGCUGUCCAACAUCCUGUUCUGCAUCAGAUGCACCGCAGGGACUCGGCAAUCGAGCGUGGACGGAGCAGAAGCCAAUGGGCAGCCUCGGAAACAAAUAUUUUAAAAUACUUGCUUUCAUUGGGUUAGUUUGUUUUUCAGCAUGGUUCAAACAGAAGAGUUGUCUCGUAAGAAAUAGGAUGAGCCCAUAAUUAUUUGCAUCCACUUUUCUGAUGCUUAAUGAAGGAAUCACCUUUUAAGAGAUGGUGUUCAAAGGUUAAGCCACAUUUAAUUAAUAAGGCACUUUAAAGUUAUAUUGACCACCAAGGGCGUAGGUUUGGUCUCAACAUUUGUAGGGACGAUAUUACUGUAAUGUACAUAAAUGCAAAUAAUGAUCCAAAUAAGGGACGGCUAGCUUGACUUCAUUGUCCCUUGUGGAGACUCGCCUGACCGCAUUAGUUUUGCAGGUAAGCAAAUUUGAUGUUAUGCUAGCUCUAAUGCAGGUUGGACUUUCAGUAGUAAAAUUAGUGGUGUUUCCCCCACCUCCACAACAUUGACGUCUUUUUACUAGGGCUGUCAAACCAUUAAAAUUUUUAAUCGAGUUAAUCACAGCUUAAAAAUGAAUUAAUCAUAAUUAAUCGCAAUUCAAACCAUCUAUAAAAUAUGCCAUACUUUUCUGUAAAUUAUUGUUGGAAUGGAAAGAUAAGACACAAGACGAAUAUAUAUACAUUUAACAUACUGUACAUAAGUACUGCAUUUGUUUAUUAUAACAAUAAAUCAACAACAUGGCAUUAACAUUAACAUUCUGUUAAAGCGAUCCAUGGAUAGAACGACUUGUAGUUCUUAAAAGAUAAGUGUUAGUACAAGUUAUAGAAAUUUUAUAUUAAAACCCCUCUUAAUGUUUUCGUUUUAAUAAAAUUUGUAAAAUUUUCGCCAUUGUUGAUGUCAAUAAUUACACAAUGCUCAUGGUCCAUAAAAUCAGUCGCACCAAAGCGCCAGCAGAGGGAGACAAAAAACACAAGUAACAAGUGGACAUGACACUGCUGUCUUUUUAAUCUGUUUGAGCGGGGCAUGUGCGUUAAUUGCGUCAAAUAUUUUAACGUGAUUAAUUUUUUAAAUUAAUUACCGCCCGUUAACGCGAUAAUUUUGACAGCCCUACUUUUUACAUGACCUACAGUGGCUGCUGCUGGCCGAAAAAUAAAAAAUAUAAAAACACUCUGAAGGGGCUGUGUGAGUAUCUGUGUGUGUCUUGUGGCGUGACGGGGGGCUUCAAUUCAUCAGCCAACCAAACGUUCGUUUAAGGGGGACAUUCUGCAUAUUCAGCAAGUGAAAAGAGAUACAUGUAAGUUUGAACAUAAUGAAAAUAAUUGAUUUAAUAAUGGUAGGGUCUAUUCUAUCCUUACAACAUAUGGGAAGACAAUCUAAAUGAUCUAUAUAACUGAACUCUUUAUUUAAUGCAAAUAAGGUUGCUUAAAAGUUGUUAGGGACAAUUUGAGCAUCCUGAAAGGUUAGUGGUGUUAUGUCCCUACUAUCCCUAUGCAAACCUACGCCCUUGUUGACCACUCAUCAUCUUGUUCCAACUGUGCCGUGUUGCACGUUACAAAAGUAGCCACCAGAAAAAUACAAUAUGCUCACAUGAAUCUAUAGUCAUCUUGAGUUGUAUAUUUAGUCAUUCUAGUGAGUACAUUUGUAAACCAUACAAAAAAAAAUAAAAGAUACCAUGCACUGUGAUGAUCAAAACAAAUUUGAUGUAAAUCCUCUUUAACUGGUCAGUAAAGGUGUACACCAUGAAUUUGCCUCACAUCUUUUCUCUGCUCACAACAACAAGUCCGAACACGAAAAACUUGUUUUUAAAGAGUUAGACUGGUUUUGGUGUGAUAGCAUCGAAUUGCAGUGUGGCUUUGACUAUACUAAAAUAUUUUUUUCUAGAAAAGGACAAUAAAAUGUUACAUGGAUUCCAUUGUGUCUGAUCUUGUAUUUCUCCAUUCAAACAUUGUGCUCUAUUGACAGAAAACACAUUUUCACGUUUAUUGUAUUCAGCUUUUAGGGUAACCACAUUUGCAUUUAAUCUUUAAAGUGUAUUUAAUUUCAAAUACAUUAUUAGUUAAUUAGAAUAUUCUUGUUUUCUGUAUUUAACUGCAAUUAAAAAAUAUAUAUUUUGUUACUACUGGUUAACUUCAGAAAAUUAUUUUAGCCAGGAUUUUAUUUAGAAUAAGUACAUUCGUAAUU